GGAGCCAAACAGUUGUGGCCGGCACACACUUGGCAGACAUCCACUCAUCCACUCCGGCGACAUGCAACGGAACCCGAACCCGAACACAAAUCCGGAGAGGAGGAUCCUGCUCCACAGCCUGAUCCUGCUACUCCUGAUGAGCGGCAGCGUGCAGGCCAGCAUGAAGUUCUGUGGCAGUAAACUGACCGAGGCCCUCUCCCAAUUGUGCGUUCAUGGCUUCAAUGCGAUGAUCAAGCGAACUUCGGUCGUAGAUCCCAUGGACUUAAACCUUAUCGAGGGCUUCGAGGACAGUGUGCUCCUGGCUAGGAUGUUUGGAGAAAGUGCCGGCCAGAUGCUAAAGACACGACGUGUCCGUGAUGGAGUCUUCGACGAGUGCUGUUUAAAGUCGUGCCGUGUGGAGGAAUUACUGCGGUAUUGUGCUCCUAAGCCCAACACGUGAACCUUCUAUUAACCUUCCGACGACACCUAAAACUACUGAAAAGAUAUGGCCCGCCUGGAAAUAAACCUCACGUAUAUUUUGUUGUUAAGUCGUUAUAACAGCUUAAUCAAUUUCCAUUCUUGAACAUGAUAUAUAUAUGCACAUGUUUGUUGAAUGCAUGCGCAUAAUUUAUAAUCGGAAAUCAGAGACAGACACGCGAAAUGAAUCGGAACACGGGAUGUUAUGCAUGUAGAUAUGAAUGUAUAGGGCCUGAAUACAUCGCCUGGGUAUAAAUUAUUAAAUAAAUUAUGUAUUCAAACUGC